UGAGAACUGCAGGAUCCUGGUCUCACUAACAGCUGGAAAGAAAAAGGUUUAUAUAUCCAGCCGAAAUCUUUCUGCUCAACGAACGUGGGAGCCAGGCGUGAGAGGAGAAGCUCGGGUUUGUGGAAACUGGCAAUGCUGUCCCCGGAAGCCGGCUCGGCACCGAGCUGGGUGCGGUGGGGGCCGCGCUAGGUCCGGGCGCGCACGGAGCGCUUCGGAGAGGGUCGGGUUCAGCACCGCGAACAGCGGUAGCCUCCGCCUCUCUCCUUCCCGGGCAGACCCGGGUCCCUCCUCCUUCUCCCCACCCCCCUCCACCCUCAGCUGUCUGGAGAUGGGCAGUGACCGCCCCUCCCCCGCCUCCCCAUCCCUCCUCUCACUGCCCCCGCCCGCCCGCGUGCAUGCGCGACUGAGCAGAGGGGCGGCCGGUCCCCGAAGUCCGGGCUUCAGGACCCGGGCCGGCAGCACCGGCUGCGAGGGUUGCCGAAGGCGCACAGAUUUGGGCGCUGAAAAAGCCUGGAUUUGGCAAUGGCUUUGCUGUGUGGCCUUGGGCAAGUCACUCUGCGUAUCUGGGUUUCACUUCCUUCCCAAUCCGAAAACGGGAUUGGGUUCCUUGCAGACCGGGCAUUCCUGAGGAGCGGCGGCAUGGAAGCUCUCACCACUCAGCUGGGGCCGGGGCGCGAGGGCAGUUCCUCGCCCAACUCCAAGCAGGAGCUGCAGCCGUACUCGGGCUCCAGCGCUCUCAAACCCAACCAGGUGGGCGAGACUUCGCUGUACGGGGUGCCCAUUGUGUCGCUGGUCAUCGACGGCCAGGAGCGCCUGUGCCUGGCGCAGAUCUCCAACACCCUCCUCAAGAACUACAGCUACAAUGAGAUCCACAACCGCCGCGUGGCCCUGGGCAUCACGUGCGUGCAGUGCACGCCGGUACAGCUGGAGAUUCUGCGUCGGGCCGGGGCCAUGCCCAUCUCGUCGCGCCGCUGCGGCAUGAUCACCAAGCGAGAGGCCGAACGCCUGUGCAAGUCGUUCCUGGGCGAGCACAAACCACCCAAGCUGCCCGAGAACUUCGCCUUCGAUGUGGUGCACGAGUGUGCGUGGGGCUCGCGUGGUAGUUUCAUCCCUGCGCGUUACAACAGCUCUCGUGCCAAGUGCAUCAAGUGCGGCUACUGCAGCAUGUACUUCUCGCCCAACAAGUUCAUCUUCCACUCGCACCGCACACCCGACGCCAAGUACACGCAGCCCGAUGCCGCCAACUUCAACUCCUGGCGUCGUCACCUCAAACUCAGUGAUAAGUCGGCCACAGACGAACUGAGCCAUGCUUGGGAGGACGUCAAGGCCAUGUUUAAUGGCGGCACGCGCAAGCGGACCUUCUCCCUACAAGGAGGCGGCGGAGGCGGUGCUAAUGGCGGGUCGGGUGGGCAAGGAAAGGGUGGUGCUGGCAGCGGUGGAGGCGGCGGCCCAGGGUGCGGUGCCGAGAUGACCCCAGGCCCGCCGCCCCACAAAAGCCUGCGAUGUGGUGAAGAUGAGGCAGCUGGGCCUCCGGGGCCACCUCCACCCCACCCGCAGCGCGGACUUGGCCUGGCGACGGGAGCUAGUGGCCCGGCGGGCCCAGGAGGGCCUGGUGGCGGCGCAGGCGUACGAAGCUACCCGGUGAUCCCGGUGCCCAGCAAAGGCUUUGGGCUCCUGCAAAAGCUGCCCCCACCACUUUUCCCCCAUCCUUACGGCUUCCCUACGGCCUUCGGCCUAUGCCCCAAAAAGGACGACCCGGUUUUAGGCGCGGGCGAGCCAAAGGGCGGUCCUGGCACUGGGAGCGGCGGCGGCGGCGCGGGGACUGGCGGGAGUGCGGGAGGCCCGGGAGCCAGCCACUUGCCCCCGGGGGCAGGAGCGGGCCCGGGCGGUGGCGCCAUGUUCUGGGGGCAUCAACCCUCCGGGGCAGCCAAGGACGCAGCGGCAGUGGCUGCAGCGGCCGCCGCCGCCACUGUGUACCCGACGUUUCCCAUGUUCUGGCCAGCAGCAGGUAGCCUCCCGGUACCGUCCUACCCCGCUGCUCAGAGCCAAGCCAAGGCCGUGGCAGCAGCCGUGGCGGCGGCAGCGGCGGCGGCGGCGGCAGCUGCUGGCAGCGGUGGCCCAGAGCCCCUGGACGGUGCCGAGCCAGCCAAAGAGGGCGGCCUCGGCGCGGAGGAGCGCUGCCCGAGCGCUCUGUCCCGCGGGCCCCUGGACGAAGACGGCGCGGACGAGGUGCUGCCACCGCCCCUGGCCCCACUGCCCCCGCCGCCCCCGCCGCCCGCACGCAAAGGCUCCUAUGUGUCGGCCUUCCGGCCGGUGGUCAAAGACACUGAGAGCAUCGCUAAACUCUACGGGAGCGCCCGGGAGGCGUACGGCGCGGGGCCUGCUCGCGGGCCGGGACCCGGCGCUGGGAGCGGCGGCUACGUGAGCCCGGACUUUCUGAGCGAGGGCAGCUCCAGCUACCAUUCCGCUUCGCCCGACGUGGACACCGCGGACGAACCCGAGGUGGACGUGGAAUCCAACCGCUUCCCCGACGACGAGGGCGCACAGGACGAGACCGAGCCCUGCGCACCCAGCGCAGGGGGUGGCCCAGACGGUGAACAGCCCACUGGACCCCCUUCCGCCACCUCCUCUGGAGCGGACGGUCCCGCGGACUCUUCUGAUGGCGGCAGCCCCCGCCACCGGCGCCGCCUCGGGCCACCCCCAGCUGGCCGGCCCUCAUUUGGGGACUUGGCGGCCGACGACGUGGUGCGGAGACCUGAGAGGAGCCCGUCAAGCGGCGGCGGCUACGAGCUGCGAGAGCCUUGCGGGACCCUAGGAGGCCCCGCGCCGGCCAAGGUGUACGCGCCCGAGAGAGAUGAGCACGUGAAGAGCGCGGCGGUGGCGCUGGGGCCCGCGGCCUCCUACCUCUGCACCCCCGAGGCCCACGAGCCAGAUAAAGAAGACAAUCACUCGCCCGCCGAUGAUUUGGAAACGAGGAAAUCCUAUCCAGACCAAAGGAGUAUCUCCCAGCCAAGUCCUGCAAAUACAGACAGAGGCGAAGAUGGGCUUACCUUGGAUGUCACAGGAACUCAGCUGGUGGAGAAAGAUAUCGAGAACCUGGCCAGAGACGAAUUGCAAAAACUGCUCCUGGAACAAAUGGAGCUCCGCAAGAAGCUGGAACGGGAAUUUCAGAGUCUCAAAGAUAAUUUUCAGGAUCAAAUGAAGAGGGAAUUGGCUUAUCGAGAAGAAAUGGUACAACAGCUGCAAAUUGUCAGAGAUACCCUGUGUAACGAACUCGACCAGGAGCGGAAGGCGCGCUACGCCAUCCAGCAGAAAUUGAAAGAAGCCCACGACGCCCUGCACCACUUCUCCUGUAAGAUGCUGACGCCCCGCCACUGCACUGGCAACUGCUCCUUCAAGCCGCCGCUGUUGCCCUAGGGCCGGCCUGGCCGCACCCCUGCGCCCUCAAGCCAUGCUGCUCCUUGUAAAUACCCGCUGCCGCGGCGGCUCUGAGCGAGGAACAAGCCAUUCGGACCCGACCCAUGUAAAUACAGCCGCCCGUCCGCCCGCCUUCCUCCCGGGCUCCCCGACCUUGCCCGCCCCCUCCCGGGCGUCCCAGUCCAGGGCGCCGGCUUGGUUUCCAAGUGUAAAUAGCACCUCAAAUCCUCCUACCCCGUUUGAACUCUAGGGCAUCGGACCUCAAGGGGUUAACUGGACAGACGGGGGCGGAAGGGGAGAGAGCCCCCUCCGUUUGUAUAGCCUUGAACCAGAUUGUGAAUACAAUGUAGCAACUUCGCUGGCGCCUGCCCCGCACUCCCCGUCCCGUCCACUUCUGAAACUCCUGUUCCUAAUGACAAAGUGGCUAUGUGCAAUGGAUAUAAAUGUACUGUGAGUCUCUUGGUCAGUAUUAGGUUCACUUUAAUUUAUUUAUGCUGUAAGUUAUUUUUGCUUCCUUCUCCUGGACCCACUUCCAGUCCCGUUUUGCAUUCCCCUUUGGAUUUUGCUUUGCCUAUUUUUUUUGUUGUAACCUCUUGAUGUAACAGCACUUUAAAAGGGCGACAACUGACUCACGAGAUGGCAACCACCUGGAGCCUGUUUGGGGAGACCACCCUAUACCCUUGACUUUCGUUUUUAAUAAUUAUAAUAAAAAAAA